GAGUGAGAUUGACGUUUGAAUGGCGUGAAAGAAAAACAAUUCUCGGUUUUUACGGUACUGCUUCAAAUUAAUUAAAGAAUUACAAAUUAUUUGGGCAAAAAUUAUGGCAUCUUUAGAUUUACUGACGCCUCACUUAGGAAAAAUUAAAAUACCAGGACCAAAUCAACUUAUCUACAAAGACGAAUGUGUUUAUUCCUUUGAUAACCCGGAAUCAGAGACAGGACUAUAUGUCUCACUGGUGACUUUCCUUGGCUUUGGUCGUAAUUAUGUUGAGCAGUACUUCCAGAAGACAGACAAUGCUGUUUUUCUUCACAUAUACACUGAGAAAAAACCUGUGCCAGAACCAGAAAAAACUGGUGAUGGUCCAGAAAAGAAGAUUACCCGGCUCGCCAUCGGUGUGGAAGGUGGCUUUGAUCCAGACAGUGGGAAGGCCAAAUACACAUACACCAACCAUUACAGUGUAGUGGCACUGCCCGGAUUCCACACUUACCCUUGGCCAAACCCAGAUUUGCCAGAAGUGGUGAGAAAAUCAGUUCAAGCCAUCAUUGAUGCAGAAUCACCAUUUAAAAUGGCUGAAAUGGCCGCAUUAGAAGGCACUUGGGACGGAGAGACCAGAGAGGUGUCUGUACACGCAGUUAACCUUAAACAGUUGGACAACGGCGUAAAAGUGCCGCCUUCUGGUUGGAAAUGUAACAAGUGCGAUCUAACCAACAACCUCUGGCUGAACCUAACUGAUGGCUCCAUACUGUGUGGCAGACGAUUCUUCGAUGGCACCGGGGGAAAUGACCACGCCGUGGAACAUUACCGCGAGACCGGGUACCCAUUGGCAGUCAAGCUGGGCACAAUAACGGCGGACGGGAAAGGCGACGUGUACUCUUACGCUGAAGACGAUAUGGUCGAGGACCCUUACCUCGCUGAUCACUUGAAGCACUUUGGUAUCAAUGUUCAGCAGUUGCAGAAGACUGACAAGUCGAUGGUGGAGCUAGAGUUAGAGCUGAACCAGCGCACUGGCGAAUGGAACACCCUCCAGGAGUCGGGCAGCGAGCUGCGGCCGCUGCACGGGCCCGGCCUCACCGGCCUCAACAAUCUGGGCAACUCCUGCUACAUUAACAGUGUCGUACAGGUUAUUUUCCGCAUGCCUGAUUUUGUGCGAAGAUUCGUCGAGGGAGCACCGGAAAUAUUUGCUACUUUCCCAGAAGAUCCAGUCAAUGACUUCAACGUUCAAACUGCUAAAUUAGGCGUGGGCCUGCUGUCGGGGCGGUACUCGCGUAGCGCGGACGCAGACGGCUCGCAGGAGGGCCUGGCGCCGCACAUGUUCCGCCAGCUGCUCGGCCGCGGACACGCCGAGUUCCGCACCAAGCGCCAGCAGGACGCGCACGAGUUCUACUUAUACAUGCUCACGCUGCUCGAGCGCCACAGCCGACACCGCGCGAACCCGUCCGACUGCCUGAAGUUCUCGGUGGAGGAGCGCGUGCGAUGCGGCGCGUCGGGCGGCGUGCGCUACCAGCAGCGUGCCGAGCACCACCUGCCGCUGCCGGUGCCGCUGGCCGCCGCCACCAACGCGGCGCUGCUGCGCGACCGCCGUCCUGACUCGACACAAAUCAUCCGACCCGAAAUACCGUUCCAGGCAUGUCUUGACAGCUUCAUGAAAGAGGAAACUGUUGAACAGUUCUACAGUAGUGCAGUCAACGAGAAGGUCACCGCGUACAAAAUAACCCGUUUGGCGACGUUCCCGGAUUACCUUCUAAUUCAAUUAAAGAAGUUCACAAUCAAAGAGGACUGGACUCCCGCGAAACUCGACGUUUCUGUCGACAUGCCCUGGGAGGUAGACCUGAGCUGCCUGCGGUCGCGCGGGCCGCAGCCGGGCGAAACUCAGCUGCCCGAUUCGGCGCCGGCCUCCGCCCCCGCGCCUCUCUACAACGACUCGCUGCUCUCAGACCUGUUGGAAAUGGGAUUCCCAGUUGAAGCGUGCAAGAAGGCACUCUAUUAUACAAACAACUCUGGUAUGGAAGCCGCCUCGAAUUGGUUGAUGGAGCACAUGAACGACUGGGACUUCGCCAAUAAAUUCGAACCGCCAGAAACGCAGACUGCCGCAGGUGGGUGCAGCUCGCUGCCGCUGGACGAGGCGAGCGUGGAGCAGAUCAUGGGCAUGGGGUUCGAGCGUGCGCAGGCGCAGCGCGCGCUGGCGGCGGCGGGGGGCGACGUGGGCCGCGCCGUCGACUGGAUCUUCAGCCACGCCGCCGAGCUGGACGCGCCCGCCGCCGCGCCGCCCGACCGCCGCCUCGGCUGCCGCGACGGACCCGAGAAAUAUAAGCUGAUCGCGUUCAUAUCCCACAUGGGCACGUCGACAAUGGUCGGCCAUUAUGUGUGCCACAUACUGCACGAGGGCCGCUGGGUCAUAUUCAACGACAAUAAGGUAGCUCUCUCGGAAAACCCACCCAAAGAUCUUGGCUAUUUGUAUUUAUAUGAAAGGCUGUGAUGGCAACAAUAUUUAAAUAAAGGAAGAUAAUGAAUUUGUAUGUACCAAAAAUGGCUGGCUAGAUCGCAACGUUUACAGGAUUUAAAAUAAUAAAAAGCGAUAUAAUGUGUGAAGCAGUUAUAAGUGAUUUUGAAUGACUACUUUUAGGUGGUAUUUAUUUUAUAUAUAUAAUGUUGUGUUUCGAAACUGCAAUUAGGUUAAUUACAAAAUUGUAUUAUCUAAUUAAAGUAGUUGUAUUUCAUAAAAUGCAUUUUUGUUUGCAAUUUAUUUUUACAAGUAUUAAAUAUGAAAAAGUGCAAUUUGUUUUUGUUGGUCACAAUAUUUUUUUUUUUUUUCUUUGCAUGAAUGUACGAUUUUUAAGUAUACUUUAAAUACUUUCGCUUCCCUAAUAUUGUUAAGAUCUGAGAUUUUGUAUUCAAAAUAAUUUGACAGUGAUAUAUAUGGUAUACCAGUAGAUGAACAUUCGCUGUUUUGUACUUGAUAUUGUUAAUGGCCUUAUAAGGCCCAGCCUUGGUAUUUUGAUGUAACUACAUUUUGGAACUUUUCAGUAUGUGAAAUAAAAAAUAACAACGAAAAUUUAAAUAAAUUAUUACUAAAAUGCUCUCUUA